GACAGUCUCAAAAGCAGAGCUGGUAGUGAUCCGCCAGACGACAGAAGAAAAAUUACGAGGAAAAAACCAGGAAGCAUCAGCAGACACUAACCUUAUUUCACCAUUUAGAUGUUGUUUUUGCUUGUCGUUCCGUUUUAAGAUUCAUUCUUUCUGGCUUCGCACGACUUCUGGCUACGCGACGACAUUCAGGAUUCCAAACCAGGACCAGGAGGAUGUAGCAGAGGAUUUUUAAAAAGACUUUCCCUCCAAUGUUGGGGCGUCCAGCGGAUAGCUUACCUUUUGUUAGUGGGAAGAAAACAAUGGAGAUUUGGACCCUCUCGGCGGAUCGUUUUCACCCGGGACCGCGGCGGCUGUCGCGGCUUAAAGGGAUCCAGAUGUGAGCGGCCCGGCCCUCCGGAGAAAGGCCGGGGCCGGGUUCCUCUGUUCGGGGAAGUGGAACGGGCGGGGAGACAUGGAGGAAAUGAUCACCCUCAGCUCGGACGACUCUGAUGUGGAGAUCGUGGGCUCCUACAGCGAGUUCACCUCGAAGGCUGACCCGCUGCCUCUGUCCGACGUCCGGGUGGACAUCGAGGCCGUCAACGUCAACAUCCCGCCGCAUUUUAUUGACCUCACAGAUCCAAGAUGGACUUUCCCGGACCUCAAGCUGCGUAAAACACAACAUUCCACCAGCACAUCAGUAAUAGAUUUGACGGAAAACGAUUCAAAAGAGACAGAACUAAAGACAGAGAAUUUGUCACCAGCUGAUGACAUUCAUUUAGAAAAAUACUGUACGGAUAUAAAAAACAUUUCGAUUAAGCAAGAUUCGACCCCACCAGAAAUCUCUGUGAAGGACUCCAGUGAUAAAGCUCCACAGCAGGACUGUGGCGCCCCAGAUUCGAAAAGACAUUUGAAUUCUGAUGCACAACUCAAGGAGCCGAACCUGAAAGAACCUUCUUAUUUUUGUCACGACACAACAGCUGUGAAGCUUACACGGUUACCGUUUCUAGAAACUCAUGUCAGGGAGCUGAAGAACUCAGGGCGCUCCAUCCAUUUAACCAAACAGUCACUGUGCUUUAUACACCCUGAAAAUGAAAAGGAACCACAGGAAUGUGAUGUUAAUUUAAGGGCAACUGCUGCACUAAAUGUUUCUGAAUCUUCAACUGAAGGUCCCCCACAGGAGGAGAAAUCCACAACCGACCGACAAGAAAGCAGAAAAAAUAUUUCAAAUGCACAGUGCCAAGAUGAAUCUCACCACUGUCAAACUCCUGUAGACCCUCUUACCUCAGAGGAAGAAAGCUCUGAGGCAAACUCAGUAAAGAAAAGCACUAAUGAAAGUCAGCCAGACGGCUUUCCCUCAGCCGACCACCUUAAAGCUCAGAGUGAAUCUCUCUACUCCAAACUGACGAACUUGGAGCUGGACCAAACGGAAUCGAAACAAAGCUGCCCUUCCCUCCACUCUCCUAAAUCCUCCAGUGCCCACGCUAACACGCCUGAGUGGGAUAUGGAGACAGAGACUUACAGGGAGGACAUAGAAAUGGACAGUCCAUCGUCUCUGCUUUGGCAAGGAGAAAGUGAUGGAGAGGAGCUGAACGACAGGAGCCGACCAGGCAUGGACUACAGAGCCGUCAGUAGGGAGGACAGACAAUACGUGUCCCCGGCUGCUCUCAAUAAAGUACUGUCUGGCCAAGCUCAAGCCCUGAUCAAUGAAGGCAAUGGGAGUUUUGGGACUGCAGAGGUGCUGUGCCGUCAAAGCCUGAGCCUGGUUUACAGCACCAUAGAGGAGAACUAUCCAGAAGGCACUUUGCAGUUGUUGUCUGACCUGCUACAGCCCGGUUACUAUCCACCCAAGGAUAUCAUGUCACACCUACUCCGUGGCAUUCUGCUUGACCCGCUUAGUCCCUAUCAUCUCAGUGUGCAGGCCUUUAACCUACUGAUGAGGACUCAGAGACACCACAUGGUUGGGAAACGCACAAUUCCGUGGGAUUGGGACUUACUGACCUCAGUUUUGUCAGAUCAGGACUCCACAAAAAAGCCUCGGUGUGAGAUUGUGCGCAUGUUCCUGGAAUACACCGUGCAAACUUUGGAAGAUGACUUCUGGGCAAAAUGUUCUUCAUCUGGUCCUCACCACUCCAUUGCAAAGGCAAUGCUGUCCUGUGAUCAGCAGUUUACUCGGGUCAGGGACAUCAUCAAAUGGCUAUUUACUGCUAUUAUGAAAUCAACAGAACAUGAAAAGAGUAAAGAAACCACCAGAGAGAAAGAUGAGCACAUAAGAAUAGUAGCUAUCUUCCAAAGGAUGCUGUCCAUUGCUCUUGAGGUGGACCAUUCUCCUACCUUACACUCAACCAAGCUGUCCCAGGAACUCUUCCAUACACUUCUGAGCCACGCGCCUCUGCGAGCACACAGGUUGUUACUGUUGGAAAGCCUAGAGAGCAAGCUGCUGAGAUGUAAGCUGUUGGAACAUCUGCUGGACUAUGCCUGCCCACAGAAAGUCACUCUGCCCAUGUCACUCAGCCUGCUGCUACACUUCCUGAAGAGCUGCACAUUGGAACCAGACCCUACGGAUGGCACUGAAAGGUGGCAGAGGUGGGAGGAGUUGAUCCAUCUUCUCUGGAUGCUACUACUCAGCUACAACAAAGCUAUGAAAGGCUAUCUGCGCAGCUCCAGCGGUGAACAAAGAAGCAGAGCGGGGACCUCAGUCUACAGACCAGAAGACACGAUAUCAAAGCCUGCUGUUCGAGAGGCGGUGGAGGCCUUCCUGUCCAGAUCCCGCGCUGACCUUGGCGGAGCCUUACCUCUUCAUGUGGAAGAGUCCCUGACGUAUCUGCAGGACCACCUCCUAGAUGUCUGUCAGUGUUGAAUUAGUGACUGUUUCAGUUCUGUCCUUUUUAUUUUGUCUUAAAGCAUUGUAAUUUAUAUUUCAUUAUUUUGUCUGUACUAAUUUGUAAAAUUAUUUUUUUAAAGGCAGAGCCUUGAUAAGUCUGAUGACCCCAAAAUAUAUUUUAUGUGUUUUGAUACAAUAAAUGUCACUUUGCAGUACA